AUGUCGUCGUCGAACCAGAUGAAGGUCACCCUUACCAAGGGCAUGGAUGGUGAGUUUAUGGGCAAGGCCGGCACGCCGCUGUCGUUCCUGAUGCAGAAGCUCGGCGUCUCGGGCUCGCUCGAGUUUGAGCGGGUCAUGCCCGACGGCUCCAUGCGCUCGGUCAAGGGCUACACCGGGGCCGAGGACGGCACCACCACCCUGCUCGCUAUCCUCAACGCCGAAGCCGUGGACGAGGCGUAG